UGGCUGGCCCGCCGCCGCCGCCGUCACUGACCGGCUGCUGGUCCCGAAGGCUAUGGGAUGGCAUGGCUGGGGGGGAAGGGGUUGGUGUGGUUGUAUGUAUGGAUGGAUGGCAUGUAUGUAUGUAUGUAUGUAUGUAUGGCUGAUCGGCUGCCUGAUGGAGAAAAGACCGGGAUGUCACUUGCGCCGCUCAUGGGCUGCGAGGCCAAUCGCAAGCUCCGGAUACAGCACUCCCCUCACGAUGCGUGCCUAUCCAUGUCCCCCACCCCCUCAGUCCCACCGGGGAACCUGAUGGCCAAGUGCCGUGAGCAGGUGGAGGGGGGGUGCCUAUCCCAUCCCCCGCCGUUGAAGCAAGAGCCAAGAAAGGGUGAGAGAGAAGAGAGUGAGAGAGAGAGGAGCCAAGCACAAGCCCACUUCCAGAUCAGCUCCGCCCGCCACGCCAUGCCACGGCGCGGUUCUACCCCAUGUACACCCCCCUCUCUCUCCUCUGUAUGA